AUCAUUCUUGUUGGAGAAAGGAGGUUCUUUGAAUCUUUUAAAAAAGUUUGACAUAUGAAGGAUAUUUGAAAUUAGAUCAAACCAGUGCAGCUGUAAAUAUGUAGUGGAAAUGCAGUCUUGUUGUAUUUCACCUUUUACUACUCUUUGAUGGCCAUCCUUAGAAAAGAGGUCCAUCAAUAAAUAUAGAAAAACUUUCAAGAUGAGUGGAAUCAAAAUGCGUCAUGAUUGCUGGAUCCUAUUAUGCCAGGAUAUUUGUGUGGCUAAUGGUUUAGGAGUAGAAAAGUCUUGAAACUUUCUUGUUUAAAUUUUAGAUGUUCAAGUUUAAGACUUAAAAAGAAAAUAUGCUUUCCUAAUUGUAGCAAGCUUAUAGUUUUGCCAGAAUUAAAUGUGGUUAACAGUGUCUUUUAAUGGUCACGGGAAUUAAGAUUUUUUCUUUUAAGAUCCUUAUAUGGUUCAACCCGAUUCUUUAUGAUUCCUUCAAUUUAUUUAUAUAUUUUUAAGUUUCUGUGCGUGGUUACCUUAUUCAAUUUGCUUUUUAUUCCUAUUGCAACUUCAAUCACCUUGCAUCUCUGCAUUAGUGUUUGGUAUAGAUCUGGAUGAUCAUUUGCAAUGUCUUCUUAGGAAGAGCAAACAGGUUUUACAAAGGUUUUUGAUUACUUGUUGAAGUUUCAAAACUAAAAAUUCCUUUAAAUCCCAGAACCACAAUUGCAGCAAGUGAGCCGGUAGGACAGAUGACAAUCUUUUACGGUGGAAAGGUGAAUGUCUAUGAUGACAUGCCUGGUGAUAAGGCACAAGCAAUAAUGCAGCUUGCUUCAAGCCCACUCCCAGUAGCACCAUCAGAGGGAAAUUCAGCACUAUGGUCUGGUCCAUGCCACUUGCAGCCUACAGGUAUCAAAGUUGGCCCAAGUUCUCCAGUGUUGAACUUCCCAACUUUACAAACAGUGAAAGUGGCAGAAAACUGUCAGCUUCCCCGGGAAGAAAGUUACAUUUCUUGCGAAGACAGCCACGAUGGCCCAACCAGCAGAAAAGCAUCAGUGCAAAGAUACCGUGAAAAGCGGAAAGACAGGUUCAAGAACAAGAGAAAAGUACCAAUGCCUUCAUCUGCUGGUUUGGAUGUCUAUUUCAACCAUUUGAUUGGAGAUGAGAUCUCAAAUGAGCAGCUGAACCAAAGUGGUGGCUGCUCUACUCCCAAAUCCAGACCACCUAACAUGCCCAUUGGUUGCGGCUUGGUUGAAAAUUUUUCGUUUGUUUCCAAUCACUCUGCUAAUUUCAAUGACAAAGAUGUUCAGGAAUGUUGAGUAUAGAGCGGACGGAUCUACUGUGACAUCGUUGCUGGCAGAGAGUUGUUUGGAGCCUGGGCAUAUUUAUCCUAGUUAACCAUAUGGUAAGUACGUAGAUGCAUUAUGUAGCCUUCCUCGGUUGCUUCAAGUACAUUUUGAAUUGGAUGAGAAAGAAGAUCACAGUUUCUGCAUGCCAUUUCCGUUUUGAUGUGCAUGAAAUAAAUGAUCAUAAUUCCAAAGGCUUAAAAAAGAGGAUUGUUGUCAGUUGUCACCGGAGUUAAUAGCUUAUUUUUAACUAAACUUAAGCAUCCAAACCUGCGGGUUUGAGACAGUGCAAAAUCACCUCUAGCACAUACCCUUUUAUGUGAAAUUAGAACCCAUUGAUUUUGCCAUUGUGUUUACAUGUAAU